GCCAUGAUUAAUAUUUAUCCUUUCCUUCAUGUUUCAUAAAUAUUGCAUUUUUAUCUCUCUAAACUGGAUAGUGUAUCUACAUUUGAGUUUAAGAUAUCUGUUUUUGUUCAAACCUUUUAUACUUAAAAGAAAGAAAAGAAAGAGAAUAUAUACCGAGGCAAUGGCAACAGAAGAUGUCGAGAAUGGAAAAUAUAGUAGUCUUAAAAACUUUGAAGUUCAAAAAAAGAUUGGUCAAGGACAAUUUGCUACAGUGUAUCGAGCACGCUCUGUUAUCGACAACAGCAUUGUCGCUGUGAAAACAGUAAAAAUAUUCGAAAUGGCAGACACAAAAGCAAGGAAUGAUUGUAUUAAAGAAAUUGAAUUAUUAAAAUCAAUGGACCAUCCAAACGUAAUUAAGUAUCACGCAUCAUUUGUCGAAAAUAAUGAACUGAAUAUUAUUUUAGAAUUAGCUGAUGCUGGUGAUCUUUCCAAAAUGAUAAAACAUUUUAAAAAGCAAAAGCGUUUGAUUCCAGAGAAAACGAUUUGGAAGUAUUUUGUUCAAAUCACUGCAGCUUUACAACAUAUGCAUUCAAGACGAAUCAUGCAUCGUGAUAUAAAGCCUGCCAAUGUUUUCAUCACGACAAGCGGAGUUGUAAAAUUGGGUGAUUUAGGGUUGGGCAGAUAUUUUAGCACCCAAACAUUUGCUGCAGAAUCACUUGUUGGUACGCCAUACUACAUGUCUCCUGAAAGAAUCCACGAAAAUGGUUACAACUUCAAAUCAGACAUAUGGUCGCUUGGUUGUUUGCUGUUUGAGAUGGCAGCCCUACAGUCUCCUUUUUUUGGUGACCAAAUGACGCUCUAUGCGUUGUGUGAGAAGAUUCAAAAGUGCGAUUAUCCUGCGUUACCGUCGCAGUAUUACUCGGCUGAAUUUCGCAACUUAGUGGACAUGUGCAUCAAAGGAGAAGCGGAACAAAGACCGGAUGUUGACUAUGUGCAUGACAUUGCAGACAAAAUGUAUGCAGUGAAAGUUGCAAAAAAGUUUUGUGUGAAAGAACAAAUGUUAAAUUUAUAUCAGCUGUCCUCACUUAUGGAUAUAACUCGCGACAGCUCAAGAAUAGAAUUUAGAAUAUUUAAAAAGAUGAAGAAUCUUUCAAUUUCAGAACUAUUUUGGUUCUUGCUGGAUAAAAUCAACUUACAUGUAAAAAUAAUUAUUGUAUUUAUAUUUACAAUUUAUUUAGUAAAAAAUUUACUUGAGAGCAGUCAUUUUAUUUAUAUAUAUAUAGUUCAUCGUUCAUCGAAGUGGAAAGAUUUUGUACAAUCAAAAAAAGGAAGUAAACACAGAAUGGCAGAAAAUAUCGACGAAACUGAUGAUAAUAAAUACAACACUCUUGCAAAUUUUGAAAUACAAAAAGAAAUUGGCAAAGGACAAUUUUCAAAAGUGUUGCGUGCUAAAUGUUUGGUUGAUAACAGUGUUGUUGCAUUGAAAACCAUCCAAAUAUUUGAAAUGAAAGAUAAAAAGACGAGAGAUGACUGCAUCAAAGAAACUUCACUUCUAAGAUCACUGAAUCAUGAAAACAUUAUAACAUAUCACGCAUCAUUUGUUGAAAACAAUGAACUUGUUAUCGUUUUAGAAUUAGCUGAUGCUGGCGACCUUUCCAAAAUGAUAAGACAUUUUAGAAAACUAAAGCGUUUGAUUCCAGAGAAAACGAUUUGGAAGUAUUUUGUUCAAAUCACUGCAGCUUUACAGCAUAUGCAUUCAAGACGAAUCAUGCAUCGUGAUAUAAAGCCUGCCAAUGUUUUUGUCACUGCUAAAGGAGUUGUAAAAUUGGGUGAUUUAGGGUUAGGGCGAUUUUUUAGUUCUAAAACACUUGCUGCUAUGUCUCUUGUAGGAACACCGUACUAUAUGUCGCCUGAGAUGAUCCAAGAGAAAGGAUACAACCACGCUUCAGAUAUGUGGUCACUGGGGUGUGUCCUUUACGAAAUGUCAGCUUUACGUUCACCAUUUUAUGGUGACAAGAUGGACUUGUUAACCCUAUGCAAAAAGAUUAAAACUUGUGAUUACCCCCGUCUCUCUUCGGGGAAUUAUUCGGUUGAUUUACGAAAUCUUGUCGAUGCAUGCAUCAGUCGCAAACCAGACGAACGGCCCAAUAUCGAUAUGGUUCAUGAAAUUGCGAAAAACAUGAACACAGCAAAGAAUGCGUCAUGAAGUAUCCGCUUUUAUUGGGUUCACUACAGGUGGUGGAGACACAAGAUGUUUGUGACUUAGUUGUUGGUUGAAGUAUUGAAGCUCCAAUUGUGUGACGCAAAAAGGCUGGCUGCUUUUACCUUUUUUUGCUUGACUUAUUCAUAUUCUUAGAACAUCUAACUAUCUUAGCUGUUAAACAAAAAUUGGCAGACGAUUUUUCGUCAAAUAAAUUUUUUGUCACUUUUGUCUAAUUUAAAAAACACUUGUUAACGUUUUUUUUUUGCACUCAUUUUUCUAUGUAGAGGGUAAAACAACUCUUGAAUGUAAUGUAUAAAAGAAGAAUCGAUCGACAGUAGAAACAUUCAGCUUGGAUUCUUGUUAUUUAAUACCAAAACCUGAA